AUGAAAAGACACUAUGGUGAGGUUCAUGCAAACCAAUAUUCCAAGAAAUCCUGCAUUGGACCCAAGAGUUGGAGAUCAUGCCACGCACAGACAGAUCGCACCGAUUUUCCCAGCUCUGCCGAGAUCUUCUCGGCCAGGAAGCCCUGGCGCUACAACUACCGCUCGUCCUCACGUUCCCAUUUCACCGGCAUCGAGGACGAUUUGACCGAUGCCUUUGUCGACGCUGAGUUCCCGCAUGAAACGGCCAGUAUUGGCGAAUCAUCCACCAGCUUCAAAUGUGGGACUGCAGAUACUUGGGUUCGAGCGCGGAUGCUGGGAGACCCUGCAGAGUGUUGUCUCUUUGAGGAGGUUCGACCACAAGAUGUGAAGCAAGGAAGCCUGGGAGAUUGCUGGCUCAUGAGCGCCUUGAGCUGUUUGGCUGACCACCCACAGAAGCUGAAGAGUCUUUUCUCCACGAAGCACAUCACCAAGGAUGGCAAGUAUGACGUGUAUUUGUGGGAUCUUGAGAAAGAGGAGUGGGUGGCAGUGACCAUUGACGAGUUCCUGCCAUGCAACAUCAGUUGUGGACAGCCGAUGCCAGCGUUUGCGAAACCUCUUGGUGAAGAGAUUUGGGUCCCCUUGCUGGAGCUCCUUGGAGUGAGGAAGGUGCUCACAGGGAAGUCGGAUGUGGUCUCGUACACGCGGCAAAAGGACACGACGUGGCGGCGCCGCCACACACACCGGAAGAAUCAGCUGAAGCGAGGAGCUGGUUGGAAUCUGGGUGGAGUGGAACAGGAUGAACACCUCUUUGAUUGCCGAGCUCGGAACCCUCGAGCCUCCAGUUGGACGUGGAAAAGUAAAGCUCCCACCAUCGACAAGGAGAAGCUCUUUGGAGUGCUACAAGGCCACUGCGCAGACAAGCACGUGCUGGGCUGCAGCAUUGCUGGAAAUUCGAGCGGUGCUGAGGAGGCAAAGGGCAAUGGUUUGUACACCAAGCAUGUCUAUUCCUUAUUGAAGGUCCUGGAUGAGCAGACGGAUGAUGGCACGCCGGUGAAGCUGGUGAAGUUGCGAAAUCCCUGGGGCUACAAGGAGUGGAAGGGCGAUUGGGCCGAUCAAUGCGAUGGGGAGGAGAGCAAGUGGAAGGACGUGCAGUUCCGACCCGAUCCGAUCCACCGACAGCCGCAGACGGAAAACCGGGUUGAGUGGAUGAUAGGCAUGUGGGCCACGCAUGAGAACCCCCAGCUGGCAGAGCGGCUGUCGAACACCAAAAAGAAUGAUGGAUGCUUUUUCAUGUCCUUCGACGACUGGGCGGCUGCCUUCACCUGCGUGAGCCUUUGUCCCGUGGGCGUGGCGCCCGUGCCGCCCGCGGAGGAAGAUCCAGAAGAUGAGGAUGUGGCGGAGGAUGGCAAGUCCGAUUCGGAGGAGGACCCACGAUUCGAUGGGCCACGUCCGAACAACCGAGCCAAUUCACCUGCGAUGUGA